AUGGAAGACUGCAAUGAGGAGGACGUCAUAGAAACACCUGCGCUUCCUCUGGAGAUCAUAGUUUACAUCCUUCGCUUUUCUUCACACUUCGGACAGGAAGGAAGCCUCACUAGUCUGCCGCAGUUGCAUAAUGCAGGAUACAUCUUCAUCAUAAAAUACUUCAUAAGCUGUAUAGCCUCACAGCUUUGUUUACUUGACAGCUGCCGUUGGAAAGGCAUCAGUGUGAACGCUGUAGGCGAAGUAAACCCCGUGCUACUGCUCUCUCUGUCCCUCUUUGUGCAGAAUAAUGUCACCUUCUGCUUCCCGGCCUCAGCCUCAUCCCUGGAGCUGAUCAGGGGUCUGGGCAGAAAGUCCCACUGCAGUCUUAUUAUCAGCCAGCUUGAUGGGUUCAGCAUGUCCAGAUCACUGCUUCUGGAGGUGGGUCUGUGUUUGGGCCCUAAGUUGGAGAGCUUGGCCCUGCCUGGGAGCAGUGUAACGGAGGCCUCUCUGCUAGCGCUCCUCCCUCGCCUCACCUCCCUUCGCAGGCUGGACCUCAGGGCCCUGGACAGCCUCUUCAUGUCGGGGGCUUUCCUCUCCAGGGAGGAGCACAGACAGCAGGUCAGGUCCGCUCUGUCCGGUCUGGAGGAGCUGGAUCUGUCCGACCUGCGUUACCUGUCCGACCUCACCUUCAAUCGGCUCACCGGCUGUACCCCUCGCCUCCGCCGCCUCUCGCUGGCCGGCUGCCACAUCGCCUUCGAGUUCGACCCGUAUCGAGGGUGCCCGGUGGGAGACGUGAAGGAUUCGUCAGCUUUGCUGUCACUGAGGAACUUGCGAAAGUUGUUAACGGAGCAGAAAUCCACCCUCGUAGCUCUGGACCUCAGCAGAACUUCUAUUACCCCUGAGUCACUACGCACGAUUGCACAGGUUCAGGAUUUGGUGUUAGAAGAACUGUGUCUGCAUGGCUGUAAGGAGCUGACCGACUACUCAAUGGAGGUUCUGGUGAAGCACCAGCCGAGCAUCCAGAGACUGGACGUCAGUGCCUGCACUGAGCUGACCAGCAGGUCUGUAGAGGCCGUAGCACGGGGCCUGAAGUCAAUGACACACCUCUCCUUGUCCCGCAAUUGGAGGAUCACUGAAAAAGGCCUCGCUGACCUUUUGUCUCUGUCGUCCCUGAGGCGUCUGGAUCUGUCUGAGUGUCUGCAUGUCAGCGGAACCGAGAUGGUGAAAGGCUUGACGGGAUCGUGUGCUGCCAGAGCACAGCUGGAGGCACUCAGCCUCAAGGGCUGCCCCUACAUCAGGGAUCUUGCAGUUUUCUCUCUCACCCAGCUCCUCGGGGAAACUCUCCGUGAGCUCGACUUGACGUCAUGUGUCAACAUGACUGACUUGUCUGUGCACGCAAUAGCCACAUACCUGCAGAAGCUGGUGGUUCUGCGGCUCGGCUGGUGUAAAGAGGUCACAGACCGGGGUCUGCUCGGGAUCGUGGAAUCAACCAAAUGUGAGCCUGACCAGGAGACGGGAGACAAGGGUCCCAUGUUCACCCGGACCUUUGGCAACAUGGGCUUCUUCAAGCCUCCACGUUUGUCAUUUGAGGAGCGACCCAAGCUGCUGACACAGAAUGACCUGCAGCAGUUCAAACAGCAGGCUGGAGCUUCACUAUUAGCUCUCAGCAGGCUGCAGGAGCUGGACCUCUCUGCCUGCCCCAAACUCACUGACAGCAGUAUCACACAGGUGGUGCAUUACUCAGACCUUCGCCGUCUGUCUCUUUCCAUGCUGCCGGGGAUCUCUGACGCCAGCCUGGCGUCGGUAGCUUGGCACUGCCGCAGCCUCACCAGCCUGGCACUCAGCCACUGCCCGGGUAUCAGUGACCGUGGAGUGGCACAAGCUGCACCGUACCUACUCAGGCUGCAGCAUCUCUACCUCUCCUGCUGUAACAACAUCACCGACAGAUCUUUGUUCCUGCUGUUGCAGCACUGCAAGCGCCUGCAAACACUCGACGUCUCAAGGUGCAAAAACAUAUCCGUAACAACUGUGGAGCUCCUUCAAUCUCAGCUGCCCUUCCUGGAAAAUGUCCACUACAGAUUUAUAGGUGGGGCUGAUCCGACCCUCACACUCUGAUUGAUUGAUUGAUGGAAUGUCCUCUGCUGGAUGACUGCUGGUCCUUUUCAGUAACUACACCUUCUGACCAAAGUCUGCUCUGUGAGUUGGGCUCUUUUACAGGUCAGCAAUUUGCACAGGAACUGAAGGAAAUGUUGAAACGGUUGCCAUUUUACAGUGGGAGCAACAUGUCACCUGAGUGAGUCUCUUCAGCGUGAGGCAGAUGCCACUUGUAUGACACUAACGUGGAAGUAUUUUUGCCUGUAUGGUCAACAUUUCAUGUUUGUUUAUGCUUGGAUUCAAACAAAAAGGCAGGGCAGACAAAAAUGUAACUGACUGAUAAAGCAUGCACCUGCACCCUAAUAUUCAAAGAUCAUCAAGUGUUUGGUGAUUAAACAUUGUGUUUAUUUUCAGUUUAUGUGGUGCAUUAUCACAGAGGGCACAGGUUUCAUCUAAGUAUGUGCACAAUUAUCUGUUCAAACCAAAAGAAACCCUGAAAGAAAAGAAGAAAAUAGUACCACAGUAUCUAAUUAUAGUGAGAAUGUGAA